AAACAAGAAAAAAAACACGAGAAGCUGAAAUUGGACAAAUAAACAAGAAAAGGAAGCAGAAAAAUAUAAAAAAAAACUGAAAAAAAAUAAGAGAGAGAGAGAGAGAGAGAGAGAAAAGAAAGCUAACUCUAACACACUCAACCACUACCACCCCGAAAAACAGCCGCUAGGAGAGACCACGAGAGAAACUAGAAGAGAGAGAGAGAGAACACCUGUUAAUUUGGGAAGGCUGCCGGAAGAGAAGGAUCCAAGACUCUUUAUAGGAGAGUUCAAUUCCCUGUAGACACAAUGAAGGGGAUUAGAUUCUGCUUGCUCUUGAUCCUGCUGUCCCACGCAACACCCCUGGACGGACAGACUGGGAGAGAGUUGCGCAACCCGUCACCGAAGGAGUUAAUCGCCCAACUUCUCCUUAGACGGGCCCAGAAGAUUCGGCCGGCCCUUUCCUCCCCAGCUGACGCACCCCUCACUCCCUCCGUGGACCCUGUGGAGGUGGAGGGGGGCGCGGCAGGGGGUGGGGGCGGGGCAGGGGCGGGGGGGAACUUUGGAAGUAUGGUGGAGGAGGUGGGUCAGCUUCACCAACAAGAACAACAACAACAACAACAACAAAGACAAGUGGAUCCUUUCGCGGGAUUCUUUGUGGAGGAGAAGCAAGCCUGCACAGGGGCGAGCUGCGGCACCAACGAGGAAUUCAAGGAGCGGUGGUCAAUGCCUCUCAUGAGACUCGGCAACAAGAGAUAUUACCUUGGCAUCUUCUUCAAGGCCAACUGGUACAAGGCGUUGCAGUACUGUCGCUUUCACGGGAUGCACCUCGCCUCUAUUGAGAGUCUGAGAGAGAACACGAGGAUUGAGAACUAUAUAAAGGACGCCGGGUUAGGCCACGAGCACUUCUGGACCUCGGGGACUGACCAGGGGGAGGAGGGCAGCUUCUUCUGGAUGUCUAACGGCCAGCCAGUCACGUACACAAACUGGAACGCCGGAGAACCUAAUAAUUUCCAGUACGAGAACGGGGAGAUGGAGCAUUGUCUAGAGUUGUGGAAUCGAGAUGGGAAAGGUUUGAAGUGGAAUGACAGCCCGUGCUCAUUCGAAACCUUCUUUAUUUGUGAAGUGCAGUAACUUGAUAGGUUCUGAUCCUUUAUACGUGUGUCUGUGUGUGUGUGUGUGUGUGUGUGUGUGUGUGUGUGAUUCUUCUUUCUUAUUUUUGUAGUUUUUAGUGUUUUCUUCUUCUUCUUCAUUUUCUUUUCUUUUUUAGUUUUUAUCAUUUUUUUCUUUUCAUUUUUGU